AUGUCCGAGUCAGCUGCUGGUGAGGGAGAAGCUCCUUUGUUGCAAAUCAAUGAAUUACCAAGCAAACCCGGUAGAGGGCGCCCCAGAAAACGCAAAGCUGACAAUCCAAUGAAACAUAUUGUAAAACUCCCAUUAAAGAAGAGAGUGCAAUCUGCUCCUGUGGAAAGAAAGAGACGCGGUAGAAAACCACGGAGACUGAUAGCUGAAGGUGAUGAAACGCAAGAAAAGGUAAGAGGAAGAAGUGCAAGGAAUGAAAAAAAAGUGCAGUGUCAAUACUGUGAAAUGAGGUUCCGUGACAAGUGGCAUUUAGAUCGGCAUGAGAGGUCACAUACUGGUGAGAAACCACAUUCUUGCGAAGAUUGUGGUAAAACGUUCAGUUCUAAAUCACAUUUUAAAGAGCACAUGCUAAUUCAUCAAGACAAAAAAGACUUUGUGUGCAAGCUUUGUGGUCGAGACUUCCAUCUCAUUGCCAACUUACAUCGUCAUGAAAAACACCAUGAGACUGGCCGAUGCUUUGCCUGUAAACAAUGUAAGCAAGUCUUCUCGCAAGACGUUCAGCUGAAAGUGCAUGAAGAGGACCAUCUGAGUGACGAACAGAAGUCAUUGGUUUGCGUGAUCUGCGGUGAUAAGUUCGGCACAUCUGAAGCGUAUGCAAGUCAUAACCGAAAGGAACACAAUGCAUUAUUAUUCCUUUGUGGGUUGUGUGACGAAGGGUUUCAAAAUAUGAGCAAAUUGAAAUCUCACCUGCUUAUUCAUUCUACACCCGAUACACGUCCAUAUCAGUGUGACCAGUGCGGUAAGACAUACAAGUCUGCUAAUGCGCUGAAGUGGCAUGCAGAAAUGCAUUCUGGGAAGUCAUUUCCUUGCGAGAUCUGCAACCACAAAUUUUACCGACAAGCAGACUUGACAAAACAUGAACAGACCCAUUCCUCUGAGAGGAAUUUCGUAUGCGAGAAAUGUGGAGCCCAGUUUAAGACAGCGCAUUAUCUUGGUACGCACCAGAGGAGACAUUUAGGGCUCAAUCUACGUAAAUAUAGUUGUGGAACCUGUGGAAAGUCGUUUGCAACUACGGGUCAUCUUAAACGCCAUGAAGUAAUACACGACGGAGCUAAACCGUACAAAUGUCAGUUUUGCAAUAAAAAAUUCAACCGCCAAGAUAAUCUGAAAACACAUCUAAAGGUUCAUGGUGUUACGAGUACGCCACCAAAAGCACAAACACAGAAGUCUGAGUCAAAGGAAGUAGCCCUAUAUAGCCCUAAAACAACGCCCCCCAAUCCUCAACAGCAGUCCGAUUCGGAAAGUUACGACUCAAUGUCCGAAUCCAGUGAAGGAGAAGAACUGACACCACCUGUUAGACAAGCUCAGUAUUACCCACAACAGUCACAACAACGCCCACAUAUCCCACAGCUUCUUCCGGCUCCCCCUGCCAACCCAAGUAAUCUCCCAUCGCAUGCAACGUCUCCCCCUGCCCACCCAAGUAAUCUCCAGACACAUGUGCGACCUCCCCCUACCCACCCAAGUAAUCUCCCACCGCAUGCAGCACCUCCCCCUGCCCACCCAAGUAAUCUCCCACUGCAUGUACCACCUCCCCCUGCCCACCCAAGCAACUUACCACCGCAUGCACCGCCUCCCGCUGCCAACCCAAUGAAUGAUCUGAUGAUGGAGAAACCUAUCACGAGCACAGCUGAGUCUAGUUUGGAGGAAAAUAAGAAAGAUGAAUUAGAAACAGAAAAAUACUGUAAACUGGACACAAAUGAAACAGAUGCUGAUUUGAAAAAAUCUCUGUUCCAAAAGGCACAUUAUUUGGCAACAGAAAAGAGUUUCAGCGUAUUUAUAAAACUGAUUGAUUCCCAUGGUAACAGUGAGUAUUACGGAACGAAAGACUUAGUUCAACAGUAUCAUUUCGAGGGACUAAAGGUUAGAGAUGCUGACGUUGAAUUGAAUCGUCUUAUUGGAUUACCUGAAGAAGUCAACGUGAAAGCAACAGAAGAUAAAAUGUAUGAUGAUAAUGAUGAUGAGCAGAAUGAGGAUUGUCAUGACGUUGAAGACAAUGAUGAUGAUAAUAAUGGUUACAAACCAGAAGGUGGUUCUAAACAUAAUGCAGAGGAUGCUUCACCUGAUCAUACAUCAAUCUCGGAUCAAUCUAAGGAAACCAAGAAUACUGAGGAGGAAAACAAGAAUGUCAUCGUUGAUAAAUCGGAGGAUACUACAGAUCUGAACCAAUCGCAGCACAAUGAUGAUAAAAAUGAUAAACCAUCAGAUAAUAAAAUGAUUACUGAACAUAAGCGUGAAGGUUCUACGUUAAAACGACAAAAUAAAACAAGGUUACCCCCUAAAAAACGCCAGCUUAAAAUAAGCAGUGAUAAAACUAAAUCAUCACCAAAGAAAGCAAAUAAAACAGCAAAAAAAACAAAUGGAAUUAACAAUUAUGCAUGUCAACAAUGUGAGAAGAAAUUUCCUGAUAAAUGGCAUUUAGAACGUCACAAGAAUGUCCAUGCUCGCAAAACUGCAACUGGUUAUAAGAAGAAAGCUUUGUUAGUCAAGGAAAAAAAACCCGAAACUAGAAAGCGGUUUCGAGUGGCAUCCAUCAAAUGCCAACACUGUGAGAAACUUUUUAGGGACAAGUGGCAUUUAGAACGGCAUGAAAGAUCUCAUACUGGUGAGAAACCAUACAUAUGCGAUGAGUGUGGGAAAAUGUUCAGCUCGCAAUCACACUACAGGGAACAUAAAAUUCGGCACAACGGGAAGAAGGAAUUUAUCUGUGAUAAAUGUGGGAGAGGAUUUAACUUUGCUCCUGACUUAAGGGACCAUGAAGAUCGCGUACAUAUAGCUGGUAAAUGCCACGCCUGUCAGUUUUGUAAAAUGGCAUUCACACAAGACAUACAGUUGAAAUUCCAUGAAGAAACCCACAUUGAGGAGAAUCAGAAAGACCAUGUAUGCAGCUGUGGGUCAAAGUUCAUGUACCCGGAAACGUACGCAUCCCACAACAGAAAAGUACAUGGGGCUUUACUCUUUAUAUGCGCCAUAUGUAAUACAGGAUUGCAAACCAGCCCGGGGUUGAAAGGUCAUUUGAAAUCUCACGAGGCGCCUGAUGAAAAAUUCCAUUGUGAUCAGUGUGGAAAAAUAUAUCAGUCUCUUCUCGGGUUGAAAUGGCAUCAAGCCGUGCACAAAGAAAAGACUAUCUGUUGUGAACAGUGUGAUUGUAAGUUCUAUCGAAAAAUAGAUCUGAAAAGACAUUCUAUGGUCCACGUGAAGGAGAGAAAUUGUGUCUGCGAGACGUGUGGUAUACUGUUUAAGCGACUUUCAUCGCUUGUGUUCCAUCGCAAGAAGCAUUUGGGUGAAGCAAAGAGGUAUUUGUGCGAGCUGUGCAACAAGGAUUUCAACAGCACUGCUGCUCUCAAACGCCAUGCUGUCAUUCACACUGGUGAAAAACCGUUCAUUUGCGACCAGUGCAAUAAAACAUUCAGUCGGAAAGAUAAUUUGAAAACGCACAUGAAGGUACAUAGCGGGAGUAGUAGCACAUCAUCUCACGUCGCGGUGAAACCACAGAAUCUGGAAAUGAAGAAACAAAAUUUAGAAUCAUCUGAUGGAAGUUUUGAAUUUUCAGGUGAGAGUAUAGGAGAUUUUGGUUCGGAUACAACAACAGAGUAUAUAGAUAAACAACCAUCAGUUUCAACUGAAAAUGCAACUUAUCAUCAUUCAUAUGCUCGUCCAAUUGCAGAGUACAUAGAAGCAGGUAACCAUAGUGAUGAAAGUGCCAUAGCAAUAUCUGCUGCAGUUCAAACCCUGAAAACUAUACAAUGGUCCCAUACUUAUUGA